UGAUAUUGUGAGGAUUCCCUCACCGCGCUGUUUUCACGUCAGGAAAACAUCACCCUCUUUAUUUUGUCAUCCGGGUCUUCAACUCGACUCUUAUUUACUUUCCAGUGAGCACAGAGCUCGCGCUGGCGCUCCUUGCGCGCGCUCUUUAUCUGUCAUGUCAAACAGCCUUAACAUUUUCUAAACUUCGGCGCGAAAUCAAAUUAAGAAAACAGUUACUAAUAAAAGAAGCUGAUCGAAAUCUACAGCUCUUUUUUUUUUUUAAUGUUUUCCUGGUGAACAUUUCAUGGCUCCGGAAUGGAGAUAGCUUUGGUGAGUUUGGAGAACGGCGGCGCGAGAGGGAGCGCCAGUGAUGCCGGAGACGUCUGUCGUGGCGCACGGGAGCAGCACUUGGCUUCAAGGCGAACCAACGAGUGUGUCAAGGAGCUGAACCUGGAACCGAGCUCGUGGAAAAUGAACGACAUGAGCGACACGUUCAGCUGUGCCGAGAGCGCCGUGGAUGCGCUUCUGCGCGCCGACCGCGUCCCUCACCUCUUUGACGAAGAUCUGUCGGACGUCGUGGACGUGAUGGACAACGUGGAGCAUGACGGUAGCAAUGAACGCGUUCUCAUUAACAUCGCAGGUCUGAGAUACGAGACCCAGCUGGGCACCUUAAACCAGUUUCCUGACACCUUGUUAGGAGAUCCAGACAAGAGGAUCAAGUACUUUGACCCACUUCGUAAUGAAUACUUCUUUGACCGAAACCGUCCGAGCUUUGAUGGGAUCCUUUACUUUUACCAGUCAGGUGGGAAAAUCCGGAGACCUGUCAAUGUGUCCAUUGAUGUAUUUGCUGAUGAAAUACGGUUCUACCAGCUGGGUGAAGAGGCUAUGCAGCGCUUUCGUGAAGAUGAGGGCUUUAUAAAAGAAGAAGAGAAACCCCUGCCACACAAUGAGUUUCAGAAACAGGUCUGGCUCAUUUUUGAGUACCCCGAAAGCUCAAGUCCUGCCCGUGGCAUCGCCAUUGUAUCUGUGAUUGUUAUCACCAUAUCCAUAAUCACUUUCUGCUUAGAGACAUUGCCUGAGUUCAGGGACGAGAGGGAGCUUCAAGCAGUAAGCAGGACAACUGCUAACUCCACUUCACAAGCUCGCCCAUCACUCACUUUCUCUGACCCAUUUUUUGUUGUUGAGACCACCUGUGUGAUUUGGUUCACUUUUGAACUUAUCGUGAGGUUCUUUGCCUGCCCCAGCAAGUCAGAGUUCUCAAAAACUGUCAUGAACAUCAUUGACAUCAUGUCUAUCAUGCCUUACUUCAUUACAGUAGGGACAGAGCUGGUGGAGCAGCAGCAUGGUCCACAUGACAUGGAUCAUGACAAUGGACCACAGCAACAGCAGGCAAUGUCUCUGGCUAUCUUGCGGGUUAUUAGACUAGUAAGGGUGUUUCGCAUCUUCAAGCUUUCACGCCACUCCAAAGGUCUCCAGAUCUUGGGGCAGACACUGAAGGCCAGCAUGCGAGAGCUAGGCCUCCUUAUCUUUUUCCUUUUUAUUGGUGUAAUCCUUUUCUCAAGUGCGGUGUUCUUUGCUGAGGCCGAUGAGCCUGAGUCCCAUUUCUCCAGCAUACCAGAUGCCUUCUGGUGGGCUGUAGUUACAAUGACCACCGUGGGCUAUGGUGACAUGAGACCAAUAACAGUUGGAGGCAAAAUUGUAGGCUCACUGUGCGCCAUCGCUGGUGUGUUGACCAUAGCAUUGCCUGUACCUGUGAUAGUGUCCAACUUCAACUACUUCUACCAUCGAGAGACUGACCAGGAUCAAGCUGCCCUCAAGGAUGAUCCCUCCAGUGAUGUCCACGGGUGCAACAGGUCACCUCUGAAUUCCACAGGAGAUGUAGAAAGUCAGGACACAUCCAUGGGGAAGGCCAACAUUAAAGCAAACAGCAGCACAGACAUUAAAGAUUCCCUCUAUGCUUUUUGCUUAGACACAAAGGAAACAGACUUGUAGUGUAAGUUUGUUUUAUGAACAUCAGUCACCAAUACAGUAAAGUGUGUUGAUACCUUUAAAUUUAAUUUUUAUCACAAUAGAUUAUCAAAAUGUUUAAGACCCUCUACGUCUUAUAGACUGGUGUAUGACUUUGCACACCUAAAAUGAUUAUGCCGCUUUUUUUUUUCAUUAGACCUCUAACAGAGCUACUUAUUUCUAUAAAACCAAGAUGUACACAAGGAAUACUUAAAGAGAUAAUGCUUCAGGUGUCAGUUUAACACAACCAAAACUUAAGAAAAUGUAUUUUCUGAAAUGUACUUAAAUGUACCAUGUCAGGCUCAUGGUUGCUGAUACGGUUGUUUCAAAUGCAACAGAAAUCAUGGAGCUACAGUUUUUCGGAUUGCUUCGUGCAUUGAAGCACGUAAAUCAUUUGAAUAAAUUAUAGACACCUCCAAAGCACAGGUUAGUAUUUUCUUUUACACACGGAGAUUAUACUUUUUUUACAAGUGUUAAAAUAGAUUAAUUCCAAUAAAAAUGGAAAGUGUAAAAGCACCACCCACCAACAUGGAAAGCUUGAUAUUUUCUGAGUUUAUAUGGAUAAGACUACUUUCUUCUGACCUGGACAUCAGUAUCAGGAUGGACAGAGAGGCAUAUGGAGAAUCAAGGAUCCAAAGCUGACAGGGAGAGCAUUUCCUACACAAGAUUGCUCAAUAGUAUUCUUCAUCAAGAGGAUCAACUUUAGACUGUCUUACAGAUAAAAGAUCCCAAGAGCAUGGAGGGAGUGAGGAAUGUUUAGCCAUCCUAUCUCUUCCCACCUAGUUAACAGUCAUUUUAGACUGUUAAGACUUAUUUAAGACAUCUGUGCCUUUGACCAAACCCUGUUUUUUUUUGUUUUGUUUUGUUUUUUGACACUCCCUUGGUGUACAGAACACACUCAACCCUCCAUAUAGACACGGAUCCUGCUGAUGACUCCAGUUUGACUUGUUCACUGCAAACUGAACAAGAGACAUCUGAUGAGGAUUUUCUCCAGAUCGGAGUCUUCCCUUAGGUGUGGAGCUCAGAUCAGUGCAAAAUGGAGUUCAUCCCAUGCUGUGCAAUAUUCAUCAACAUUACUAUUGUCACUUGGAGGUAGAUUAUGGACUUACUGUGUUCAAAUAAUUUAUUUUUCUAAGGCUGUUUACCUAAUUUAUAUUUUUCUAAAGUGAAAUUUCCCUCCCAGUGGUGGACCAAGAAACCCCGAACACACUUAAAGAUAAACUGUUAGUAUAAAGGCUUCAGAUACAAAAAAGCCCAGUUUCUUGAUCAGGGCAAAGGAUAUAGUGUUGUUUGUAUUAAGAGGGUUUUUUUUAAUCUAGAUUUUUUUGUUUUCAGAGUGUAACAGGAGGUUUAUGUUUUUAUAGCUUCUCGAGGCUAAUGUAAUUUAAUAAUGUGGGUAUCAAUUUGAUGUUGAUGUGUGGCCAAUAGCUAUUUUCCCUUUCCUAACAUUAUUUUUUAUAUUAAUCUCUUGCAUUUGAGCCAUUUUUCUUCAAUAUUCUUAAAAUGGACUGCUGUAAACCAAAACAGAGACCUGAUAUUAAGGGGAUAUGGCUGGAGCAGUACGAAAGUGUAAAAUCUAUGGCUAGAGCUCAUUUUAGAAACAUUAUAUGAUAAACUUUGGUGUGCUACCUUCAUUAUAUUCAACAAACAAGUGUUGUUUCAUGAUACCCCAGUGCCGCCCUGUUCUAUGUACUGUACCACCAUUUGUCUUUACAUCACAUGCAUGUUAUAACUGUUUUCCCAGAAUUACCAUGGGCAUGUUGUUAAUGUCAGUAGACUAUAAAACUUUACACUGGGGAUUUCAGAUUUUUUCUGAACUUAAUUAUGCUCCUGCUAUUUAGAAUACUUUUACAGAUCUCUGUCAUCCAACAUCCUGAAAAACAAGCAGACAAAUUGGCCUAAAGCCUUCAUUUAAUUUACGCUUCACACCUUUAAAUGUUGCAGUGUUUUUCUAAAGUGUUAAUAUUUUCAGAAAAUCAGAAGGCAUGAAUAACGGAAAUAAUUGUUGGUUUAUUUAUUAUUAAUACAGUAAUGGAACAUAAUGAGACAUUCAACUACACAAUGUGGAAUAGACAUCAAGUGAUUAAAUACUGU